AUGGAUCUGUGAGCUUGUACCCUGUUUUAAUGCAGUCCUUGGAAGACACAAGGUGGACCUGUACUCUGACAUGCAGUAAUUUGGCGUGAGACUUCACCUUCCUUCUUGCAAGAGAGGAUUCUAUUAACUUGGUGUCAAAGCCAAGACAUAGACUCAACCUCUUCUCUUCAAAAAGCUUCACGUCACAACAUGGAAGCCGUUGCCAAGUUUGACUUCACCGCCUCCGGCGAGGAUGAGCUGAGCUUUCACACCGGAGAUGUUCUGAAGAUCUUAAGUAACCAAGAGGAGUGGUUCAAGGCGGAGCUUGGGAGCCAAGAAGGAUAUGUGCCCAAGAAUUUUAUAGACAUCCAGUUUCCUGAAUGGUUUCACGAAGGCCUCUCCCGACACCAGGCAGAGAACUUACUGAUGGGCAAGGAGGUUGGUUUCUUCAUCAUCCGGGCCAGCCAGAGCUCCCCAGGGGACUUCUCCAUAUCCGUCAGGCAUGAGGAUGAUGUUCAGCACUUCAAGGUCAUGAGAGACACCAAGGGUAAUUACUUCCUGUGGACAGAGAAGUUUCCAUCUCUAAAUAAGCUGGUGGACUACUACAGGACGACCUCCAUCUCCAAACAGAAGCAGAUCUUUCUGAGGGAUAGAACCCGAGAGGAUCAGGGUCACCGGGGCAACAGCCUGGACCGGAGGCCCCAGGGAGGCCCACACCUCAGCGGGCCCGGGGGAGAAGAAAUCCGGCCGUCGAUGAACCGGAAGCUGUCGGAUCAUCCAGCGCCCCCUCCCUCGCAGUACCCCCCGGCACCGCCACAGCAGCAGCGCUAUCUACAGCACCCCCACUUUCAUCAGGAACGCCGGGGAACCAGCCUUGACAUAAACGACGGGCACUGUGGCGUGGGCAUGACCAGCGAAAUGAACGCCGCCCUCAUGCACCGGAGACACACAGACCCAGUUCAGCUCCAAGUGGCCGGGCGAGUGCGGUGGGCCCGGGCGCUGUACGACUUCGAGGCCCUUGAGGACGACGAGCUGGGCUUCCGCUGCGGAGAGGUGGUGGAGGUGCUGGACAGCUCCAACCCGUCCUGGUGGACCGGCCGCCUGCACAACAAGCUCGGCCUCUUCCCCGCCAACUACGUGGCCCCCAUGAUGCGAUGAGCCCCUUCCGGUGGGGCCCGAGGCUUUCGUCUGAAGCUGCCUGCAAGAGAGGGGGCAGGGGAGAACCGCUGGAACUACGUGUACAUCCG